UACUUUAAACCACUGAACUUUGUGAUCGAUUUUACAAAUUAAAUUUAAUACAAAAAAAUAACUUGUGAAACUGAACAAGUUAAAUCUUUCGUGUCGUUAAAGAAUGUUUAAUGUUAUGUACUUUAAUUAAUAUUGAUUUUUAACUUUGAAUAAUUGAGUUGUUAGCAAUAAUGACGGAAAUUUUGCGAGCCCUAAUAAAUGCUUCAGAAAGGGCUGCACUGGUGGCAAGGUCUUGUUGCAAUAGCGAUAAUAAAAAUGAUCUGCUUGUUGCUGAGAAAUCUGAUGGAGAAGCAAACGCUCGUUUUGAAAAAGAUUAUAAAACCAUAGCUGAUGUGUUAGCACAAGAAUGUAUAAGAAAAACAUUAGUUACCAAGUUCCCGGAAUUAACUGGUCAUGUUCGAGGUGAAGAAUGCUGUGAAAUUGGUGGAACGUCGAUCAAACUAGCAGACACUGUUGAUGAAACAGCAGAACUUCUCACUUCACUUGUACACCCAAGUCUUGCAAAGCCUAUGGCCGUGGCUGCCCACUCUGAUACAAAACAUCCACUGCACGACCAGUUGCCAUCUGAUCUUCCUGACGUUGAUGUCAGUGACUUGGGAAUUUGGAUUGAUCCCAUAGAUGCCACAGCAGAGUUCAUUGCAGGAAUCAAUGGUACAGCAGCUUUGAAUAAGGGACUCCAGGUUGUCACUGUUUUGAUUGGGGCAUACAGGAGAUCCACUGGAGAGCCAGUCAUUGGUGUUAUCAAUCAACCUUUUUUCAAUAGUGGUCAGGGUCGUGUUCUUUGGGGUAUUUGUUAUGAUGGUGUUAAGAGAUGGGGUGGACACAAUGUUGAGAACUUUGAUCUUGGUACUGCUGGAAUUUACAUGAGCUCUGCAGAAGAUCCACUUAUAAGGAAGACUUUUAUGACGAUUUGCAACAUCACAGAUGCCGCUGGUGCUGGCAACAAACUUCUUGGAGUUGCUUUGGGUGAUGCCAUUGCAUACAUUUUAUCUAAGAGUACAACAUUCUUAUGGGAUACCUGUGGCCCACAUGCAAUACUCAAAGCAAGGGGUGGUGAUGUAAUAUCAUUUGAUACACAUGCUUCAAUACAGUACAAUGUACCCAACAGCAGUGACCCCCAACAAUUUUGUAAUGCAGGUGGUAUCAUAGCCUAUGGUGACAGUGACCAAUGUGUAAAUUCAAACCUUAGGGAUAUUAAGAAUAUUAUAUUAAAAACACUUGCUAACCGCAAGUAAUUUGAUAGAAUCUAUUUGUUGUUAGUAAUAAUUUAGUAUACAACAUUAUAGCCUGACCAGGAACAUAAAAACCCUCGCCAUGUUGCGGAAAACUAAUGGUACUAAUUUCUUUUAAUGGCAACAGUAACUGAAAACUUCAUUGACAUGUCACCUUGCAUGUCAGUCUAUUGCUGUCAAAGUGUAAACAAUCUUUAUUUUAAAUGUGCGCAAUUGAUUUUGUGAAUUAAAUUGCUAAAAUCUUUUUAUAGUCGUGAAAGAAAAGUGGUUCACAAUGUGUUAAAGUAUUUAUCGAAGAGAAAUACUAAGGGUUCGGACAAUAUUUUCAUUGAAUAAUGUUUCCGACAAAGGUUGUCAAAUUGACUGACAUGUUUAUCGUAUAGUACAGUCCACUAUGAAAAUUAGCUGUGGUUUGUUUCAAAUACCUAUUUUAAAGUUUUUUGUCACUUUCUAAGUGUUGAAUUUUAUGGAAUUGGGAAAGAAGUACCGAGUUUGAAGCGUUCAUGAGCAGACAUUGCAGUUGAAUAUUCAAGUUCUGAAUUUAAUUAUUGAUGAAUAAUAAAAUAAAUCAUACUAGCUCGAUUGAUGGUUUCAUUUAAUUUAUUUAAACCAGGUUACCUAUAUAAUCUUUAUUCGUUAAUUUAUGAAAAUAUCAAUUAAUUAGGACGUAAUCCUGAAUCCUGAUACAUAAAGUUAGCCUAUUAAUUUAACACAGGUACGACUGUACUCAGUGUUGCACUAUCAAAUGUAAUUGACGCGCCUCUAUGCCAGGGUUUUUAUGUUCCUGGUCAGGCUAUACAUAUUAUUCCAUUAUUUAUGAUGUCUUCUACAUAUAUUAAUUUAACAAUAUCAGUAUAAAUGUUGUAUUUGUUGUUGUACUAUUAUUGUGGUAUUUGUUGUACUAAUUGUAAAUUUAUUUUCUUAAUAUUAAAUGUUCUUACAUUUAAGAUAAUUUAGCUAAGUAUUGUUAUUAAUGCAUUUAAUUUAUAUUUUAACUAACAUUGAAAAUGUAAAAGUUACUUUUUUGAUCUCAAUUUCUGUCUGUCUAGUCAUGAAUAUAUUUUAAUAAAGUAUUAUUAACUGAA